ACAGUCCAAAUCCAGAAAACACGCUUGCUCGCAUCACCAUUCUCUACAAAAACCCCUUCAGUCUGUAAACCCUCACACGAACCAAUUCUCUCAUUCUCCCGUCACUUCCCCCUCCUCUUUGAACAGCACUAUAUUUCUGAGCACCAAUAUGCUAUUGAUUCCAUGAUCAACAAUCGGAGCCGACAGUUGUUUAAGAUACGGAAAUGACUACCAGAGUUACUGCACGAGAUGUUCAGGAGGUCAUCAACAAACUGUCUUCAGAUAAAGCCAAACUUCGCGAAGAAGGGAUAAAAUUAUUGAAUACAUGGCUAGAAGGUGAACGAUCUGUUGGAUUUUGUAAGUACUUGUCCGAGAAGACUGCAAUGCUAAAACCUAAUGAAAUUCCAAAUUCUGAGACGUGGCCUUUUCUUGUCAAAUUGCUAAUACAAUGCAUAUCCCUGGAAAUAUCCUCGAGCAAGAAGAGAUUGCCCAAGUUAAGUUUGGGAAAGACUCUUCGGAUCGUUGUCCAACGGGCUGAGGAUGAUAGAUUUGCUGGCAAAAAGUUUCUUUUGUUACCUGUGGCUAAACUACUCUUCAGUCACGUGUGGGAUAUCCUAAGGGACGUUCCAAGCUUUCAGUCUGAGUAUGGUGUUAUCCUCAGGCAUCUUUUAACAGUUAGAUAUUAUCGAUUUCAUAUGCGAAAACGAGUUUAUUCCAAUCUUGUACUUCUGUACAUGGAAAAGGUAGGGACAAGCUUGAGUGCAGAAAACAUCGGCCAAUUAACUCCCAAAGAGGAGGUCUUCCGCUCCACUCUUACACUUCAUUCACUUCUUGAAAAUCCUCCUGGAGAUGUUCCUGAUGAUCUCAGGGAAGACAUUGUGAAGGGUUUUAUUGGAAUAUUUUCUAAUGUUAGGGAUGAGGGAAAGAUUUCACGCAAGCUUAUUGAGUGCAUCAAUAUAUAUUUGAUGAAGGAUGGACCAAAUUUAGGUUGUAAAUCCCUGGAAAUGCAUGAAGCUGUGCAGCAAUUUGUGUUCCGUUGCUGGAUCACAACUCAUGACCGGAGUCUAAAAGAUUCACUUGUUCUAUAUGCGAAAUUGCAAUUAAGCUUAACUAGGGGCGCCGAUGAUGGAACAGCUUUACUAGAACAACUUCUGGACGUAUUAGGCAAGGAGCUAGAUCAGAUGAGUUCUGCCAGCACAAAUUUUCCCCGGAGUGAUGCAACCAGGGACGACAAAUGUGGGAUCUUAACAAGCUCACAGUACAGCGUAUUGGAGCUUUCAGCCUUUGUAUUUCGCCGGGCGUGCACUAAUGCACCGAAAACACGGACAGCUGAAAAAAGAGCCAGACGGGAGCAUGCUGUGGUCCAGAUUAAAGAGAGGCUCGUGGAGGGGAAAUGGUCGUGGCAUGCUGCUUUUUUCUUUCUCAUCCGCAAAUUCUCUACUGGCAUCAAAAAAGGUCUCUUAUUCUGUUGGUUUGAAAGCAUAUCUGCAAAUUUUGAAAGAAUAAUUAAUGAUGCAAACAUGGAGCAUGCUUAUGAUGGCCUACUGUGGACUUUGCGGAGUCUUCAGGGACUUACUUCGCUGCUGCUAUUUCCUGAUACAAGUGCGGAAACUGUACGAAAGUCAUCUUCUACCGUGAAUGAGGCUGACAAAGGUUGGCAUAUAAUAUGGAGCUGUCUCAUGCGUGGUUUGCCUACAUUCAGUAAUGUCCCCUCAAUUGUGGAUGCUGCUUUGAUGCUCCUUUGUAACAUAUUGUUAAGUGACACAACAAAUGCAUGUAUUGUUACCCAAGAUAUAUGGGACCUUCGAUUUUUCAAACCUUUGCCAUCCGCAUCUGUUUUAUCCUUCAUCACAUGCUACUUCUCGAGGAAAGCUUUGCAAGGUGAUCUUCGAGAUGCUUUAUAUCUCCGUCAGUAUCUUGUGCGAGCUGUUCUGGCAUUGGUCAAUGGGAAGGAGUGCUCGACAUUGAAUGAGCGGUCUGUUGUUCUAGUUCCAGCAGCGAUUUAUGCUCUUUCUGUUGGUUCUGCUCCUCUCUUAUAUGAUGCCAAAGAUCUUUCAUUAUAUGUUCCUGAAGCUAUGGAGGUGCGAUCAAAGGCAGAGGAACAGUCGUUAGAAAGUCAUUGUGAGUUUUUUGAUUGCUCAGUUGAAAGUCUUGCAAGGAUUCAUUACGAUUCAUGUCCAAAGGUAACCCCAUCAAAGUACCACGAGUUUGUACGUCUUCCUCGGCAACUAAGAGAUCAGCUGCUUCAUGAAGUGGAAAAUUAUGUUCUUGAAAAUUUAAGUGAGAGAGAAAUUGAAAAGAUGCUUCUCCCCGAAGUCAUCUACGCUUGCGCUCUCUUAUCUAAUUUCAUGUACUGCUCGUAUUCAACGAGGAUUAGAGAGGACAUCUCUCCUUUCCUUUCCAAACUGGGUGAAAUCUUGUUAGAGUUACUGGAUCACGCUGUGUUAGUUAUUCAGAAAACCUAUAAUGCUAUCAAGUCUUCUUGUUUGGGUUCGAAUUCUGUUUCCAAUAACAUGGACUCAAUAGUGGCUUCCUUUAAAUGCUUUGCUCACUCGCCGUUGCUUAGCAAAUGGCAACAGAAAGAUGAUGCUUUUUAUUGUGCAAUUGUUCAAUCCAUUGAGAGACUUUUGAAGGCCCUGGCAAAACUAUAUGAAGGAUGUCUUGAAAGCGGAAGGAAUCUUCAUUCAGACGUUGAUUCUGACUUAUCAGAUUUGCAUUCUGUUCGAGAUCGUAUUCCACCGAAUAACAACAAAGUUAUGAUCGUGGAUGUAGAGUUGGAUGUGAAUAGUGGGUCUACUGAUGAUGUUUUAACCAUUGAUGGGGAUCAGACCUCUGGAACUUCCAUGUCAUCUGUAAAUCAGAAAAUGGACCUCCUGUCAAUCAUUUCAAGUUUUUUCUCAAUUUCACCAAUAGUUACAUGGGAAAUCUUGUUCAAACUUAAGGAGAAAGAGAGUGAUCCAAAGGUUUUGGAAAACUUUCUAUUCAUUCUCUGCCAACAGGCGCACUGGUCUUCCUACAGGCAUUUAUCAGAUUUGGUUCUGUCUAUAAAUGAGGUUGUGAGUACAUGGGAAAACCUGAAACUCCAGUGUGCACCUAUACUAGAUGCCAUCUGUGCUUUGUUGGAGAGCUUGUUGCACUUGGAUGGAGUUGUGAAGGAUAAGAACGAUACUUCACCUUUAAGGAAAAGGCAAUCUGAAGAGGGCUUGGUUUCUCUUGGAGAUAUAGUUAAUAGAGUAUUUGAGAACAGUCUUUUUGAUUGGCGUGGUCGUGCUAAGCUCGUUGAUUGUGUAUGCAACUUCGUAUCUCUCAGGCCACAUAUUGCUCAGUCGAUGAUUGAAAAGCUGUUUAUGCUGCUCCAUGAUCCUGAUUAUCGAGUUAGAUUUUCCUUGGCUCAGUGGAUUGGUGUCCUUUUCCAAACGUGGGAUGGUCAUGUUGAGCUCUUCCAAGAUGUGUGUUCAAAUUUUGGUACUAAGUUGGUUGUCUCCUCAAGAGAGAAAGUUGUUACAGCAGCGGAAGUUUUAGCUGCUGGUCCUCAACCUCGUCCAAUGAUGGAAACCACCAUAAUAACUCUCACUCAUCUUGCUCUGCUCAGUGAGAAAAUUGAGUUAGAGGCUGUUUUUAUGAUAUGUGCUAUUGCUGCAAUUUAUCCUUGUCAAAGGGAAUUAGUCAUUGCCUCACUUGACAGUUUAUCAAGGGAACUACACUAUACGAAUAGGACAAAGUAUUUGGAGGAGCUUAUGGGGCAAAUUCUCUUUUGCUGGGUGGUUUGUGGUGUGAGCUUAGUUGCUCUUGUUGAGACAAGAGAACUUUUCAUUUUGAACGUGGAACCAGUAACCUUCAUGCAGUAUUGUUGCAAUUGGCUACUUCCAGCUUUGAUCUUGCACGAGAAUGCGUCCAGCCUAACGUGGGUUGCUAAGGUUGCUUGCCAGCCCCGUGCAGAUCUGAUUAGGAAUCACUUUGUGCAGAUUUUCUCUGUUUGUAUGGCUUUGUAUUGUAGCAAGAAAGCUGGGUGGGAAAAGGGAUCUGAAGCUCUGGAAAGUUUAAUUUUGUCCAUUGCUGAAAUAUCUGAGCAAGAAAGAGACGAACUAAUUAAGAAACAAAUGGUUUCUAUAGUAAACCAUACUUUCUCACUUGCUUCCAGCGCUUCAGAUCCUCCACUUCCCUUCUUCUCCAAAGACACAAUUGCACGUGCAAUUCAAACUAUUGUUGAUGGAUUCUUGGAGAUAGAGGAUUGUUCUAGAAGUAUCAGCCUUAUUGACAAGAUUAACAUCUUUAGACCUGACAGAGUAUUUAUGUUCGUAGUUGAGAUGCACUACAGAAUUACUGCUGCUGCGCAUAAUCGGCACAAAAGUAACCGUUUGGCUGGAAUUGAAGUGCUUGUUGACGUGAUUGGGCAUAGAGCUGAAAUUCCUAGUACUUUAAAUUACAUUCUCAAUUUAAUUGGUCAAUUCAUUGGUUGCUAUUCUUUAAUGGAUCAAUGUUGUUAUAUUAUUUCCACAUUGCUCAAGAUCUUCAGUGAUAACCCAUCAGGAGAGACUACUGGAGUGCUAGGCGAACACCUUCAGUUCUUGGUGUCUAAGUUGGUUUCAUGUUGCAUUCCUUCUGACUCUAAUGGCGAGCUUUCUGUCACUGCUUCUUCUGAAGUUAUAUCUUUGCUCCAACGGCUUAUCUUGGAUACUCAUUCAUCUCUACACGAAUACAUUAAAGAGCUAGAGCCAUUCCCUGAAAUAGACAUAUUUGAUGAAAUACAAAGGUUCCACCAGAAGAUAUGUCAAAACUACUCACCAAGGGUUCACUUACUAAAUCUUGUGAAGAGAUCUCGCUAUGUUCCACCGAGAUUACUUCUCUACAGUCUCAAAUCAUUGCACAAGAAUUUGUUUACAAGGGGAAUGCAUCCAGGAGAAAAGAAUGGAGAAGAUGUCUCUGAAGAUGCAUAUUCGCAUGCAGACAAUGAAAUUGUGACCGCAGCUUGGAAUCUCGUUGAAAUGUGCAGCAUGGAUAACACAAAUGAUCUUGGCGCGAUGGUGUCUGAUUUUGUAUCCAGGGUGGGUAUUGGUGAUCCCCAUAGUGUUGUUUUCCAUCGUCCUGGGGAGUCUCAUAUACGUGCAUCUGGACUGGUUAAUGCCAUUAGUCCUGCAGAUCCUAAUUUCUGCAUGGAUACAGGCUUGUCAGAGGAACUUCUUCUUGUACUAAUGAGGCUUUUGAAGAAAUAUCUGAUGGAUGAAUCUGUUGAGAUGAUUGACAUGACAUCACAAGCUUUUCGGGGUAUACUUUCAACGGAAAAGGGUCAACGAGCUUUACUCUCAUUGGAUUCCUGUGAGAAGUCUCUUAUUGAGGUCCACUCCAAGGGAGUGAAUAUGGAGCUAGUACAGAAAUUCAUUGCAACUCUACAAAGAAAGUACAAUGCUGAAGCAAUUUCCAUCGACAACCAUAGUGUGUGGACUUCUGAAAAAACUUUUGACUCGUGGAUAUGUCCACUUGUGCAUGCCCUCAUGGGUUAUUGUAACGAUCUUAUUCUAAGAUUAUGUCAAGAUAUUGUGCUAGUGAAAUCUGAAGUUGCAGAACUUCUGUUUUGCAAUGUCAUUGUUAAUCUUGCUGGGAGGACGGAUUUGGAUGUUGAUAUAUGUAGACUAAUCUCUUUGAAGGUACAGGAGAAUAUAUUUAUUGAGUCCAAUACAUUAGUCAAAUCGAUUCAGAUUUUCUUGGAUGCUCUUAAUGAGCUUCGCCUGUGCCACGUAUUGGAAAGAACCAGGUCGUCUUCUGCUCUUCAUAACCAGGAAAGAUUAAAGGGCACUAAGGCUUCUGGCUAUGGGUCAAAAUCACGUUCUACAUCAGCAAAGGUGAAGGAACAUCACUCAACUUCUGGACUGGUAAUGUCGACAUUGUCCUGGGAAAAGGUUUAUUGGCUUUCUGUUGAUUAUCUUCUAGUUGCGCAGUCAGCAAUUGAUUGUGGCUCCUACUUUACUGCUGUGCUUUACGUGGAGCACUGGUGUGAGGAACACUUUGGUAGCCUCACAUUGGGUAGCCCAGAUUUCUCUCAUCAUGAAACACUUCCACGCCACAUUGGAAUACUUGCCUCAGCAUUCACGCAAAUCAAUGAGCCUGAUAGUCUCUAUGGGAUUAUUCAAUCUCACAAGCUGACCUCUCAGAUUAUCACUUAUGAACACGAGGGAAAUUGGAGUAAGGCACUUGAGUACUAUGAUUUGCAAGUACGCUCAGAGCCAAUGGUUCAAACUAGUAGUUCCACUAAUUCUGCUCUAGAGAAUUCCCUACAAGCUGCUCAUCCAUCCUCGUCCAGAAUCGAAGAUGAGAUAGUGCACAAGAAACCCUAUAAAGGACUGAUUAGAUCUUUACAGCAAAUUGGCUGCACUCAUGUGUUGGAUGUGUAUUGCCAAGGAUUGACUUCUCAGAAAGGCCAGUUUCAACGUGAUCUAGAAUUUACUGAGCUGCAGUACGAAGCUGCCUGGCGUGCAGGAAACUGGGAUUUUUCUCUACUUUCUUCAAGUUCUGAUGUAUCAGUUUCAUAUCAACACAGUAAGGGACAUCGUUUCAAUAAAAAUUUACACAGCUGUUUAAGAGCACUACAAGAAGGAGAAUUUGAUGAAUUUCAUAAAGAAUUGAAAGAUUCAAAGCAGGAUCUUUUGCUAUCUCUCUGCCAUGCAAGUAAGGAGAGUACUGAGUACAUAUACUCAACGGUAGUUAAACUUCAGAUUUUUUAUCAUCUUGGAAAGGCAUGGGAUUUACGUUGGAGUUCGUCAUGUGAAAAUAUGGAUACUUCUUCUGAGAGACAGAAAUUGUUAUCCGAACCUGUUGUCCCCACUGUGGACCAGUUGCAAUGGCUGCACAACGAUUGGAACUUCAUUUUAAAACGAGCAGAGUUACAUAUGAAUUUGUUGGAACCAUUCAUAGCAUUUAGAAGAGUCUUACUUCAGAUUAUGAAUUGUAUGGUCAGUACAGUGAAUCAUCUCUUGGAAUCUGCAUCAGUCCUUCGUAAGGGCUCCAAUUUUUCACAUGCGGCUGCAACUUUACACAAAUUCAAGUUCCUUUGCUCUGAUAUGGCAGGAGAAUAUUCUAAUUUGUAUUGGCUUGGAAGGCUUGAAGAAGCUAAGCUCCUACGCGCUCAAGGUCAGCAUGACAUGGCUAUCAACCUUGCUGAUUAUAUUUCACAAAAUCAACAAUUGAAGGAAGGUGCAUCAGAUGUAUUUCGCUUAGUUGGAAAGUGGCUGGCUGAAACUCGAUCAAGCAACUCUAGGACUAUAUUAGAAAAAUACCUGAAGCACGCAGUCAGCAUAGCUGAGGAUCACAAGACUGUAGACAAGUUGUCUAUGGCAAAACGAAGCCAAAUGCAUUUCCAUCUUGCUCAUUAUGCAGAUGCUCUAUUUCGUAGUUCUGAAGAGAGACUUAACUCGAAUGAAUGGCAAGUAACAAUGCGAUUGCGGAAACACAAGACAAAGGAGCUAGAAGCUCUAUUCAAACGAGUCAAGAGUUCAUCGAAGGGAGACAAAACUGACUAUUCAUUGAAAAUUCUAGAGCUGCAAAAGCAACUUGCAAUGUACAAAGAAGAAGCUGAGAAAUUACAGGAAGACACAGACAACUUUCUAUGUACAGCGCUAGAGGGGUACAAGCAGUGUUUGAUCAUAGGCGAUAAGUAUGAUGUCCGAGUGGUAUUUCGGCUUGUUUCCCUAUGGUUCAAUCUUUCAUCUAGACAAAUUGUUGUAGAUGGCAUGCUUGGCACAAUCAGGGAGGUGCAGUCUUACAAGUUUAUACCAUUGGUAUACCAAAUUGCUUCACGAAUGGGUGGCACAAAAGAUAUCCUUGGACAUAAAAGCUUCCAGUUUGCUUUGGUAUCUUUGGUGAAAAAGAUGGCCAUCAACCAUCCUUAUCAUACAAUAUUUCAGCUGCUUGCUUUGUCAAAUGGUGAUCGCAUCAAGGACAAGCAGCGAAGUAGAAAUUCAUUUGUGGUGGAUAUGGAUAAAAAGAUUGCUGCAGAGAACCUUUUGAGAGAGCUAUCUUCAUACCAUGGUGCUAUUAUCAGACAAAUGAUACAAAUGGUGGAGAUCUACAUUAAACUUGCCGAACUGGAAACAAAGAGAGAGGAUACCAACAAAAAGGUUAAUCUACCAAGAGAAAUCCGCAGUGUUCGAGAACUUGAACUUGUUCCUGUUAUAACAUUUAAUUUUCCUGUUGACCGCAAUUGUCAAUACCCUGAAGGAUCUUUUCCUCACUUCAGAGGGUUGUCUGAUUCGGUAACCAUAAUGAAUGGCAUAAAUGCCCCAAAAGUGGUUGAGUGCUUAGGUUCUGAUGGUAACAGAUAUCGACAACUUGCAAAAUCUGGCAAUGAUGACCUGAGACAAGAUGCUGUUAUGGAGCAGUUUUUUGGUUUAGUUAACACUUUCUUACAGAACAAUCGAGACACAUGGAAAAGGAGACUCAGAAUACGUACGUACAAGGUCGUUCCCUUUACCCCCAGUGCUGGUGUUCUUGAAUGGGUGAAUGGAACUGUGCCACUUGGUGAAUAUCUUACUGGAAGCUCCAGAAGUGGAGGCGCCCAUGGACGCUACGGAAUCGGAGACUGGUCAUUUCCCAAAUGCCGGGAGCAGAUGGCCAUGGAAAAUGACAAGCGCAAGGCAUUUGAGGAAGUCUGCAAGAAUUUCAGGCCAGUCAUGCAUUACUUCUUCUUGGAGAGGUUUUCACAUCCUGCUGAUUGGUUUGACAAGAGGCUUGCAUAUACGAGAAGCGUGGCUGCUAGUUCAAUGGUGGGUUACAUUGUUGGACUUGGAGAUCGGCAUGCCACGAAUAUCCUCAUUGAUCAAGCCACCGCAGAAGUUGUUCACAUAGAUCUCGGUGUUGCAUUUGAGCAAGGCUUAAUGCUAAAAACACCGGAGCGGAUUCCUUUCAGACUGACAAGGGACAUUGUUGAUGGCAUGGGUGUGACUGGUGUUGAAGGAGUUUUCAGAAGAUGUUGCGAAGAAACUCUAUCUGUUAUGCGAACCAAUAAAGAAGCAUUGCUAACAAUUGUUGAGGUUUUCAUCCAUGAUCCUCUGUAUAAGUGGGCUCUAUCGCCUCUGAAGGCCAUGCAACGUCAAAAGGAAACCGACGAUGAUUUAGAAGCAAACCUGGAAGAUUCUGAUGAGGAUGAAUAUGAAGGGAACAAAGAUGCUGCUAGAGCCUUGAUGCGUGUUAAGCAAAAGCUGGAUGGAUAUGAAGAAGGUGAAAUGAGAAGUGUCCAUGGUCAGGUUCAACAACUUAUACAAGAUGCGAUCGAUCCCGAUCGUUUAUGUCAUCUGUUUCCUGGGUGGGGAGCUUGGUUGUGAUAAAGCUUAAAUCAUCUCAGUUUUGCUGCCUUCAUCAUUGUACCUCUACUGCAGUUUUCACCCUUGACGAGGCCAGAAGUAUGGCUGGGAACGUAUAUGCCCGAGCUUGUGUUCCUUUUUAUCUGGCAUUUUUGCCCUUUUUGUUCGUUUAGUUUUGGAGGGUGGGAAGCUUUUUGUAUCGGGUUUGGGGUUUGUGUAGUGCAUAUUUGGUAAGAUGGGACUACUAUAUCUGGACACUUCUUUGUACAUGUUUCGUAAUUGUGGUGGUGCGUGUUUCAUAUUUACUAUUUAGUGGACUGGAAUUUCGUCCUUCAUACGUUUUGAGUAAUAUCAAUUUUUUCAUAGUAAAAUAUGAAUAGAUUUAUUUAG